AUGAGUACUCAAAAUCUCAAUCUUCAUCAUUAGUAUUCAUCUAAAGAAGGCAGCAACAAAUUUCAAAUUAAAAACUAAUUGUCUUCAGUAUUUUAAUACAUUUAAUACCAGGAAGAAAUUGGGCCAGUCUUAAAAUAGCAAUAAAGUAAUCGAACAAUCUAAGAGACUGAGAACAGGUUUAUUAGCUACUCAAAUACAUCCAUUUAUUCGAACUAGAAAUAUUUAGAAAGUUAUGAUAAGAAUUCAAAGGCUACUGUUUCUACUAAGAUGAUGAUUGCAUAUAAUGAAUGCCACUUCUAUAAAAAAUACAUGGUUGAAAGAAUAGUAAAGUAAAGUAAACAAUGCAAAGUUGUACUUUGUCAAGAGAUUGGUUCGAAUUAGAAAAAAGUUGCCAAGAUUUAUGAAGGAAAGAUGAUAAAUUUUGUAAAAUUUAUUUUUACUUAAUAGGAAGAUAUUGUCCCAGAAAUUUAGACAAAUUGUAAAUUAUCUAACUUUCCACAUAGAAAUAUAAUAUCUUUAAUUGACUUAUUUAUAGAACAUGAGCUAAUUGCACUUGUUUUUGAAUAUUAAGAAGGCGGAACACUUUAUGAUUUUUUAGUUUAAAAGUAAUUUUAAUUAACAGAUUCGGAAGUUAAAAUUAUCAUGAAAUAAAUUUUAAAGGGAUUACGACAUCUUCAAAAAUAAGAAAUAAUCCAUCGUGACAUUAAAUUAGACAAUAUUAUGUUUACAGAAUUCAACAAUAUUAAAUCACUAAAAAUAAUUGAUUUCGGAUGUGCAGCAUUUAUAAAUGAUUCAAAAGCGAAGUCAAUCAAAUGCGGUACUCUUGGAUAUAUUGCCCCUGAAAUUUUGAAUGAUCAAUAUUAUGAUUACUCAAGUGAUAUUUAUAGUGUUGGAAGCAUAUUUCACAUCUUAUUGUCUGGAACUAGAAUAUACCCUUAAUUUUUAGAAUAAAAACAAUUAAAAGAUUUAAAUUCACAGAAUGCUUAUAAACUAAAUAAAUCAAUCACAUGUCCUUUAACUUUAGACUUACUUAAAUCUAUGCUUUCUCAAUAAUCUACUCGACCUAAGGCAAAUUGUUGUUUAAAACAUGAAUAUUUUAUAAAACCUGAUCUUUCAAUUACUAACUAGUAAUCAUCUAUUUUAUUAAAGACUUUAAAAAAUGCAAUUCCCAAAAUUAAGAAACCCUUUUCGAAAAUGACUAUAUUCCAGAAUUGUAUUAAGUUACAUUUAUAUUAUUAUUAUUUUUUGUAUCAAUAUGCAAAAUAAAAAUCUUGA